UGCGUGAAAGCCCCAUACCGGAUGUGCUCAGGCCUGGCGCGGUGAGCUUCCCGCAGCAUGCCUCCUCCCAGAGCCAGGGAGAGCGGGGAACCCCGAGCCCGGCACCAUGCCCCCCGGGAGGAGGCAGCCUGCCAGAGCUGGGACUGGACUUGCCCGGAGACGCGCCGGCUCUUUGAGGAGGCCUUCUUUGGUGAGGGGGACUAUAUCCACCAGGGCUCCGAGGAGUGCCAGAAGUUCUGGACCUUCUUUGAGCACCUGCAGAGAUUUCACAGUCUCCGGACAGCCCACCGGGAGGAGAAGGACCAUGGGCAGGCCACAUCCAAGGUCCCGGCAUUCGCUGACCUGCCCCGCACCUAUGACGCUCGCUACCGCAUCAACCUCUCCGUGCUGGGGCCCGACACCCGGGGCUCUCGGGGUCCCGGCAGCCAGCUACCCCCAGACCGGGUGUCUGAGUUCCGCCGCGCCCUAGUCCACUACCUGGACUUUGGGCAGAAGCAGGCGUUUGGGCGGCUGGCCAAACUGCAGCGGGAGCGGGCGGCCCUGCCCAUUGCCCAGUACGGGCAGCGCCUCCUGCAGAUGCUGAAGGAGCACCAGGUGGUGGUGGUGGCAGGUGACACAGGCUGUGGCAAGUCCACGCAGGUGCCCCAGUACCUGCUGGCUGCGGGCUUCAGCCACGUGGCCUGCACCCAGCCCCGGCGUAUCGCCUGCAUCUCACUGGCCAAGCGCGUUGGCUUCGAGAGCCUGAGUCAGUACGGCGCCCAGGUUGGCUACCAGAUUCGCUUUGAGAGCACGCGCUCGGCCGCCACCAAGAUCGUGUUCCUGACGGUGGGGCUGUUGCUGAGGCAGAUCCAGCGCGAGCCGGGCCUGCCCCAGUACCAGGUGCUGAUCGUGGACGAGGUGCACGAGCGGCAGCUGCACAGCGACUUCCUGCUGGGGGUGCUCCGGGGCCUGCUGCCGCGGCGGCCCGACCUCAAGGUGGUGCUCAUGUCCGCCACCAUCAACACGGCUCUCUUCUCCACGUACUUCGGCGGGGCCCCGGUGCUGCAGGUUCCCGGGCGGCUCUUUCCCAUCACGGUCAUAUACCAGCCACCGGAGAAGGAGGCAGCCGGGGCCACGUCCAAGCCUGAGAAGCUGGACCCGCGGCCUUUCCUGCGGGUGCUGGAGGCCAUCGACCACAAGUACCCGGCCGAGGAGCGGGGGGACCUGCUCGUGUUCCUCAGCGGGAUGGCCGAGAUCAGCUCCGUGCUAGAGGCCGCACAGACCUACGCAGCCAGCACGCAGCGCUGGGUGGUGCUGCCCCUGCACAGUGCCCUGUCUGUUGCUGACCAGGACAAGGUGUUUGAUGUGGCGCCCCCUGGAGUCCGGAAGUGCAUCUUGUCCACCAACAUUGCUGAGACCUCGGUCACCAUUGAUGGCAUCCGCUUUGUGGUGGAUUCUGGGAAGGUGAAGGAAAUGAGCUACGACGCGCAGGCCAAGCUGCAGCGGCUGCAGGAAUUCUGGAUCAGCCAGGCCAGUGCCGAGCAGCGCAAGGGCCGUGCCGGCCGUACUGGACCCGGCGUCUGCUUCCGGCUCUAUGCCGAGUCUGACUACGAUGCCUUCGCCCCCUACCCUGUCCCAGAGAUUCGGAGGGUCGCCCUGGACGCGUUGGUGCUGCAGAUGAAGAGCAUGAGUGUGGGGGACCCCCGUACCUUCCCUUUCAUCGAGCCCCCACCAGCUGCUAGCCUGGAAACGGCCAUACUCUACCUCCGGGACCAGGGUGCCCUGGACAGCUCAGAAGCCCUCACCCCCAUCGGGUCCCUGCUGGCCCAGCUGCCUGUGGAUGUUGUCAUUGGGAAGAUGCUCAUCCUGGGCUCGCUGUUCAGCCUGGCGGAGCCGGUGCUCACCAUCGCCGCUGCCCUCAGCGUGCAGUCGCCCUUCCCCCGCAGCGCCCAGAGCAACCCUGAGAGUUCAGGGACCCGGCGGAGCCUGGAGAGUGACCAGGGAGACCCAUUCACGCUCUUCAAUGUCUUCAACGCGUGGGUGCAGGUGAAAUCAGAACGGGGCAGCAACUCCCGCAAGUGGUGCCGCCGCCGGGGCAUAGAGGAGCACAGGCUGUACGAGAUGGCCAACCUUCGGCGCCAGUUCAGGGAGCUAUUGGAGGACCACGGGCUGCUGGCGGGGGCCAGGGUGCCAGAGCAGGGGGACAGCUACAGCCGGCUGCAGGCUCGCAGGGAGCGCCGGGCCCUGUACCAGCUGAAGCGGCAGCAUGACGCGGGUGGGGGACGCCGGCGCAAGGUCCUGCGGCUGGACGAGGGUCUGGACGGCGGCUCCAGCGAUGAGGAUCCUGAUCGCAGGGCCACCGGGGGUACCGGUGACAGCGUGGACAUCCAGGACGUUAAGUUCAAACUCCGGCACAGCCUGGAUCAGCUGCAGGCGGCCGCGCGCUCGGCACAGGACCUGACACGGGACCAGCUGGCCCUGCUGAAGUUGGUGCUGGGCCGCGGCCUCUACCCCCAGCUCGCCCUCCCUGACCCCCUCAACAGCAGUCGGAAGGACUCGGACCAGAUCUUCCACACACGUGCCAAGCAGGGCGCUGUGCUACACCCCACCUGCGUCUUCACCAACAGCCCUGAGGUGCUGCACCCCCAGGAGCCGGAGGCUGCAGCUGAGGGGAGCCAAGGCGACAGGGGCCGGAUGAGCAGCCGCCACCAGCUCCUCGCCUUCGUCUCCCUGCUAGAGACCACCAAGCCCUACCUAGUCAACUGUGUCCGCAUACCCGCACUGCAGUCCCUCCUGCUGUUCAGCUCCUCCCUGGACACCAACGGUGACUGCUCCCGCCUGGUGGCUGACGGCUGGCUGGAGCUGCAGCUCGCAGACACAGAUGGCGCAGUCCGGCUGCUGGCAGCUUCGCUGCGGAUCCGGGCCCGCUGGGAACGGGCCCUGGACCGGCAGCUGUCCCGCCAGGCCCGGGGACGGCGGCGGCACGAGGAGGAGGACGAGGAGGACGAGGAGGAGGAGGAGGCGGCCCUGGAGAACCGCAAAGAGGUGGCAGCUUUGAGCAGGGAGCUGCUGCAGUUCGCAGCCUCCAAGGUUCCCUACAGCCUUCGGCGGCUCACAGGGCUGGAAACCCAGAACCUCUAUGUGGGACCUCAGACCGUCACGGCCACCCCGAGUCUCCCUGGCCUCUUUGGCAGCGCCCCCUUGUCUCCACACCCCACCAAAGGGGGCUACGCGGUCACCGACUUCCUCACCUACAACUGCCUUGCGAGCGACAGGGACCUGUACAGUGACUGUCUCCGCACCUUCUGGACCUGCCCGCACUGCGCCCUGCACAUGCCCUUCACACCCCUGGAGCGCAUGGCCCACGAGAACAGCUGCCCUGCAGCCCCGGACAGCACCCCAGGGGCUGAGGAUGUGGCCCCCGAGCCCCCACCGAAGACGUCUGCCCUGCAGAGGCCUUACCACUGCACGGAGUGUGGGCAGCACUUCCUGUUCACGCCCACCGAACUCCUGCGGCAUCGCCGGCAGCAUCUGAGCCAGAGCCGGGGGCCGGACUGAGGCCGCAGGGACCCCUCUGCUCCUGCCCUCCCUGCGUCAGAGUGGGGGUUCAGGCUGGGGAUUCCCAGUCCUGGGGGUCCUGGCUGCUGAGCACCAGCCUGGCCCAUCCCCAUGCCCAUGGGCCCCUGGCUGCCCCGCUUAGCCGCUCCUGGCA